AUGGGGAGAGGAUUUUUGGCUACUGUUGAUGCUGUAAUCCGAGUGAAAUAUGGGAAGAUGUCCAUGACAGUUAAUGGGCAAGAGGCGACCUUUGAUGUGUUUAAAGCUACCAGACUUCCAGCCCAUUAUGAGGAAUUGAAGAUGAUUUCUGUGGUGGAACCCGAGCUCACAAAUGCCGAGUUAGAUCACUUUCUAGCCUCGCGAGAUCCGUUGGAGACAGCUUUCGUGUAUGGGGAAGAUCUGAAGAUUGAUGCAGAAGUGGAGGAGUGUCUUAGAAUUCAUGACACUUCAUGUGCUUAUCUACGAGCAACUCGUUGUGAAGAAACAAACUUGGUACUUAACUGGGAAAAAUGCCAUUUCAUGGUUCGAGAGGGAAUUGUUCUUAGGCACAAGAUAUCGAGCAAAGGAAUAGAGGUUGACAAGGCGAAGAUUGAAGCAAUUGAAAGAUUACCACCACCUGUUUCAGUUCGGGGAGUGCGCAGUUUUCUUGGGUAUGCUGGCUUUCACCGACGGUUCAUCAAAGACUUCUCUAAAGUUGCUAAUCCACUGUGCAACCUUUUAGAGAAAGAUGUGAAGUUUGUGUUCAAUGAAGCCUGUCUGACGGCUUUUGAGCAGCUGAAACGAAGGUUGGUGCCAUGGUAUGAAAACAUGGUGAACUUUAUAGUAAGUGAGGUUUACCCCCCGGGUGCUAAUCACGAGAAGAAGAAGUGGAUCUUGCAUGACAGUCGUUUCUAUGUGUGGGAUGAGCCUUAUCUCUACCGGGUUGGCACAGAUCAGCUGAUUAGAAGGUGUGUUCCAGAGGAAGAGGUCUCAGCGAUUCUAGAGAAGUGUCACUCAUCACCCUAUGGGGGACAUCACGCGGGUGACAGAACGGCUGCAAAGGUACUUCAGUCCGGGUUCUACUGGCCCACUUUGUUCAACGAUGCUCAUGAAUUUGUGCGAGCAUGUGAUAACUGCCAAAGGACCGGAAAUAUCUCCUAG